AUGGUGAACUCAAGAGAGAACACCCCUACCGGAAGUCCAUCCCACUCAGAAGGAAACUUAAGUGACAAUCUACCGCCACCAACGAUAGACAAAUCAUUACCCGCCGAAGACAGGGACAAAUCCGUCCCUCCGAGGAGCCCAUCUGCCUCGCCGCGAAGAUCCACUUCGCCACGACGAUCUCCAUCACCAAGAAAGAUGAGAGCGCUCCACCGUCCGAGCCGCUCGAGGAAAUCCUCCUCGAGUGACAAACCCCGCAGCUCGAAGAGAUCCUCUUCGAGCGACAAGCUCCGCAAGCUCAUAGAGAAUCUCGUGAAGCCGCUAGCCAAAGGUUUCAAAACAAUGCGAGCACAGCAGAAGAAGACUCAGGAGCAAGUCGAGGCCCUUGCACGAGAAGAUGACGAGGGACCGUUGGAUCCCGCUGCCGUGACGAUCAACGGGACCGCAAAUCAUCCUGCACGCUUUGGCCGACGAGCGGCCCUAGAAUUCGAACGAAUGAACCGUCGUCUCGACGAGGUCGAUUCUAAGGUCUAUCGCACCACCAGCUCAGCCCUGGAGUUGACGAAAGCACUCGCCGAUACCCGGAGGAGCCCACUCACACGCAGACUUCGCCAAAUCGAUCUGCAUGAAAGAGUCCGACUCAAAAUCGACUCCUACACCGGGGAAGAAGAUCCCAAAAAGUGGUUAACCGCGUUCAAUCUCGCCAUGACAAGGGAGAAAUACAAAUUCUAUGAUGAGAAAGAAGCCAUAUACAGUCAAUUAUUGGUCGAACACAUGGCGAAAGACGCCUUGACUUGGUUCUCUAACCUCCCAGCCGAGUCGAUCGACAACUUCGACGACUUGACUAGUGCUUUCCUAAAGCAUUACUCCAUGCACAUGACCCGAGUCACACGAAAUAUGUUCACUACGACGCAUGCCCAAGGUGAACCCCUACCUAGCUUCAUGGAGAGGUUCAAGCAAGCAGCUCGCGACACGGCGACAUGCCCGACGCGUCCCAUUGGAAGCACUCCGUAA